UUUUCAUAUCUGCUUACAUAUAGUAGAAGGAGGUUGAUAAUUACCCAGCAGUGCUCUCCUUGAGACAGUCUCUCCCUGGUAACUCCUCUGGACCCUCCAGUGUGCCUCAGCUGAGCCCAGGUAGAGAUGAUGGAAACACUGCAGGUCCUCCGAGGUUCACUGCUGCUGCUGCUGCUGGUUGCAGGUGUUUGCAUUGAUGGGUACAAACCGGUCAUCAUCGUCCACGGACUGUUUGAUGGACCAAAACAGUUCCAAACAUUGUCUCAGUACAUCAGAAAGGCGCACCCAGGCACUGAAGUGACCACGAUCGACAUCUAUGACGACAAGGCCAGUGUAGCACCACUGUGGGUGCAGGUGGAAGACUUCAGAAAGGAAUUAGCCUCCAUCAUGCAGAAGGCUGAUGAUGGUGUCCAUGUUUUGUGCUUCUCACAAGGUGGUGUAAUUUGUCGAGCUCUUCUCUCCACUAUUCCAAACCACAACGUGCACACAUUCAUUGCACUGUCAUCCCCACUGGCUGGACAAUAUGGAGCAACAGAAUACCUGAAGCGGUUAUUUCCUAACUAUUUAAAGAAGACAGUGUAUCGUGCUUGCUACAACCCAGUUGGACAGUUAAUAUCUAUUUGUGACUACUGGAAGGACCCUCACCAUAUACCUCUCUACUUGAAGCACAACAAUUUCCUGCCACUGCUUGAUGGUGAAAAACCUCACAAGGACAUGGAAGCAUGGAGGAAAAACUUCCUGCGCAUCAAGAAGCUGGUGCUGAUUGGAGGACCAGACGAUGGCAUCAUCACACCGUGGCAGUCCAGCCUCUUUGGAUUCUAUGACAGCAAUGAAAAUGUCGUCGAAAUGAGGAACCAGGAGUUUUACAAGAAAGAUAAUUUUGGGCUGAAGACGUUGGACGAUCGUGGCGACGUGUCGGUUUGUGUUUGUGCUGGUGUGAAGCACACAAACUGGCACUCCAACCACACAGUGUUCAGCAGCUGCAUUGAGAAGUGGCUCACAUGAAAACCAGGUGUUGAUCUGAGGUAGAAUCCUACUGAGGAUCAAUGCUGCUUACAGACGCUGUUAUGCUUGUUCAUGCAAAAGAAGAAAAGAACAAUCAUUUUAACUGCUGCUUUUGUGAUGCUCAUGAUCCCCACCAUGAAGUUCACUUCAGUCAUUUGAGUAAAAUUUUGCUAUUUUUACUGAUAAUUAAUGCUAGUCGGCAGACGGCCAUGACCAUAGUACAGAAACAGCAUAAGUUCUACUAACUUUGAUGCCUGUAGCAUCAUCAAGUCAGUAUUUUAACUUAUCGCGGAACGGAUGAUUUGCAAAACAACGCAGGUUUCUUAAAACUUAGAUUUUUAGUGCAAAUGAAUCAUUUUAGACAUUUGUUUUCGAAUGCGACUGAAAAAAACACAGAGAAAGAAAAACUUUCCCUGAAUUUCUACAGUUCUCGCAAUGUUUCUGUAUUUACUCUCACAGCCAGAAGGGGGAGAGAAGUUACACACUGCAGGUUUAAAUUGUUCAAGUUUAUCUCUUUUUGAAAUAAUGACCCAGAUUUAGUUUCCAGUAGCAUGUCUAUUUCAUUAGAAGCAGAUUUUAGAUUGAGUGAAGCCCUGUUUGUUUUUAUUUUUUUAAACUAAAGUGUUUAUCAAAAGCAAAUGUUCAUACAAAAAUCCUCAAAUAUUAGUGCAGUAGUUUGAGGUGACUGUGAGCCAUGCAUGAGGACGAUGGUCGAUCCAUCACUGCUCUCUGCUGGACAUUUGAAGUAUUUUCUGUGAAUUCAAACUGAUGCACACAAAUGCAUCAUGUACCAAAUGCAAGAUGCUGCAGAGUGUAUUUUGUGUGUAUUAAAGGCUUUUGACAGAAUUUCA